GCGUCGUGCCUCGUGCGGCUGCAGCUGCAUUCGUUGUUGUUGACUUGCUGUCUUGCACUCCUGCCAUGGAGACGUCGACGUCCUCCGAGAGCUCGUUUCCGGCACGGGCCGAAACGUCGCGCUACCUCGGAAUAGUUCGCGGUGCUGCCCGGCUCGCUCACUGGACGGCUGGGAUUUGCGCAACGUGGCGGCGUACGGCAAGUUCCGCUCCGCCAUUCCAGCUCCGGGGGAUAGGGACGGAUCCGUUCCCGCGUGACCCCGAUCUCGGCCCUCCUCGCAACCAACCGGAGACGACGAACCCUCCUCCAGGCGAUCGGUUGGAUCGCGACUGCGAGUGCACCGCUCCGCCUACGACCUGGUGAUUGUAAAAUCGCGGUUUCUUGCCCUCGAGCCUGAUGAGUUUAUCAGGGUCGGAGAGCGAUUCCUUGGCCUCACGGCGGUCCAAGAAGCCCAAGUAUUCUAAGUUUACACAGCAGGAGCUUCCAGCAUGCAAGCCACUGUUAACUCCUGGAAUCGUCAUUGGCGCUUUCUCGCUCAUCGGCAUCGUCUUCGUCCCGAUAGGGCUCGCUUCUCUGUCCGCAUCACAAGCGGUCGUUGAAUUGGUCGAUCGAUAUGACGCCGAGUGCGUAUCAGCGAAUGACAAGGUCGGAUUCAUUCAGGACACCAAGACCGACAAAGCGUGCACGAGAACGAUCACUGUGCCGAAACCAAUGAAAAGGCCGAUACACAUAUACUACCAGCUUGAAAACUACUAUCAGAACCAUCGCCGGUAUGUCAAGAGCAGAAGCGAUAAACAACUGCGGUACAAGGAUUCUGCACAUAUGAUAAAAAACUGUGAACCUGAAGCUGCCAGCGAAGACGGUGCUCCGAUUGUGCCCUGUGGCCUGAUUGCUUGGAGCUUGUUCAACGACACUUACGCGUUUUCUGUCAACAAGAAGUCCAUUGAAGUGAACAAGAAGAACAUAGCCUGGGACAGUGACAAGAGCAACAAGUUUGGCAGUGAUGUUUACCCCAGUAAUUUCCAGAAGGGGGACCUUAUUGGUGGUGCUAAGCUGAACGAUAAAUUGCCAUUAAGUGAGCAGGAGGACCUCAUUGUCUGGAUGCGAACUGCCGCCCUCCCAACAUUCAGAAAACUAUAUGGCAGGAUCGAGACGGACAUCAUGGCGAGCGAUGAGAUCACAGUGGUGAUACAGAACAACUACAACACGUACAGCUUCGGAGGGACGAAGGCGCUGGUCCUUUCCACCACGUCCUGGAUCGGCGGCAAGAACAACUUCAUCGGCGUCGCGUACGUGGCCAUCGGCGGCAUCUGCCUCUUCCUCGCCAUGUGCUUCGUUGUUCUCUACGUGGUUAAACCGAGGGUCCUUGGAGACCCCUCGUACCUGUCAUGGAACAAAGAAACCCCUGAUCAUCCAAACUGAAAGACUGAUACGUGCAUUGUGCCGACACAGGAGUCUGCUAGUUGCCCGUCUGCAUCCAAGUCUCCUCUCAGCUGCGCUCUAGGUGUUUGUCCGUGCUCCCAUAUUUCGCUAUUCCUUAAGAUAGAUAGACAUGGUGAUAAGUUAUUGCCACUGGAGAAGUCUUACCUUUGUAUAAAGUUAACCAGAUCAACCUGAUGAUGGCACCUG